UCAUAAAAGUUAAUUUCCCCUUUCAACAAAAGAAAAAGUCACAAAGAAUAGUUUAAAGCCUUCCAAUCUCCACCAAAAUAGUAGUUAACCAAAUCCAUUCCAAACACGUGUUUAGCUUUCAAACUUCCCCUUUUAUAGACACUUAUUAUGCAUGGAAAGUGGACACUAUCUUCUCCUUGCAAACUUAUAAUACCAUAAACAAGAGGGAGGUGUUACUAUCUUUAAUUUCCUUUUAAACAAAUAUUAAUUUCUUAUACUUGAAAUCUUGAAUUUUGAGAUAUUAAUUAAAAAUGAGCCAAGAACAACCAAGAAGGGAGGAAGCUGAGCAAGAGCAUGAACCUGUUAAACAAGAAAAGGAUGUGAGUAAUGUUCAAGAAUCAUCACUUGUGUCUGAGUCUAUUGGUACACAGGUACAUGGAAAAGACAGAAAACAACUAAGCUCAGAAUCAGUCUCAGGAAGAGCAAACAUUACAAUUGGUGAAGCCCUUGAAGCCACUGUUAUCACAGCUGGAAACAGGCCGGUUGAUUACAGCGAUGCAGCAGCUAUACAGGCAGCAGAAGUGAGAGCCACCGGACGUACCAACAUCAUCCCUGGUGGAGUUGCUGCUGCUGCUCAGUCAGCUGCUACUCGCAAUGCUAGACUUACCAAAGAAGAAGAAAAAACUAAACUAGCUGAAAUCCUCGCGGAAGCAAGUUCAAAGUUACCAUCAGAUAAGCCAGUGACACGCAAAGAUGCAGAGGGAGUGAUCGGUGCAGAACUGAGGAAUGAUCCAAAUUUGUGUACCCGUCCUGGUGGUGUUGCUGCUUCUAUUGCUGCUGCUGCAAGACUCAACCAAACUAACAGUACUACUAACACCACUAGUGGCACAAAGAAUAAUGAUAACAAUCUCAAACAAAAAAUAAACUAGGAUGAGAGUAAACUACUGUUAUAUCUAAUCCUUCAAAUCUGUCCUGUCUCUCAGUUCCGUAUCUUUAAAUCUUUCUGUUCUUGUUUUCUUUUCCUCUAUUGAAGAUAUUAACACAUUUUUUUGUCCUGCCCCAUUGUAGCUUUGCGUGAGGGAUUGUUACAAGCCUUAACUAUUGAGGCUUAGCUUAUAGGAGUAGUUAUCUGUAGUGAAUAAUACUCAGAACCUGUGUAGUGAGUUUCUUUUCCCUUCCCAGCUUUGUGCAAGGGUUCGAGAGUAUUUCAAGAAUAUGUACUUCUUUACUAUUGACUUUUGUGCAUAUUGGGGAAAUUAGAGACGUUUAGCCAUUAAGACCACAAUAUGUAUGCUUUACACUGUACAUGAGUAAUCUCUUGAAUUUGGUUCAAUCUACUCUCCAAGCAUUUGCUGGAUAUCUUCAGAAUGACUUGCAAAAUGUUGCAAGUGCUCAUUAGUCUCCCAUUUCCUC